GGGGUGUUAUGUCAAAUUUAUCUUGGCAAACGUCGGAAGUUACAUCAUUACGUUUUGAAAUUAAUUGCGUUUUUUUUUUUUCUUAAGUUAGCGCGAGAAGUUUCUAUUUCAAACUAACGUCAAUUCACUGAAGAACAAGAACAGCUCUCUAUCAUGACCGAUUUAUCUUCGCUCCCCGAGCUUCCGCUGAACAUCAACGACGACGUGUUGGAGCUGAACAAGGAUUUGGAGAGAAUUAUAGAAGACGUUGAAAAUAUAUCAGUGCAGCUGACUUGGAUGGCUUAUGACUUGGUGGCACUGCGGACCAGUCCUGAGCUGGGGGCCGCUAUGGAGAAACUGGAAGAAGCCUAUCAUAAAUGCUUUGCUGUUUGUGGAGACCAAAAACAGGAGCCAGAGAUGGACAUGUGUCCUGACUCUACUGCCACAACACCUACUCAGAUGUGAUUUCACAGUUUUUAGUUUACAAGAAUACAGCACUGAGCUGAAGUGGAAAUGCUUGAUAAAGCUUGUAAAUGGUGUUUCAAAGUAAAUGCUAAAGCUCUGUUUUAAUGUUUACUGUGCUAUGGAGAAGCACGUCUUUGGACUGAUAUUUCUGCUCUGAGCCACACUUUAGCAUACUUUUAGCUGUAAAACAGUUUUAUUCACUAAUGUAAAGACUGCAGCUCUUUGAUUGUUGUUAGCUUGUCCUGCAUAUGGUAUGUGUUCUGUAGGUUAUAAGGUUUUCUGACCUGUUUAGCCUGUUAUUGAAUAAUAA